UUAAUGUCUGAGAGCAUUGUCAAAAAUUACCUCCCUGGGGAUUCAAAAGAUGAACCUGAAAUUCUGCAGGAGGAUAGAAUUAAAUUUAUGGAAUCAGUUAACAGACUUAUCCAAAAAGAUAGCUCAGUUGUAGACCCAUCUUCGCAAAGGUUCAAAAACAUUGUUGAUAACUUAAUCCUUUGUCUGAGUGAUGAAAAUACAGAAGUCAGCGAGAUGUCAAGAGAAAUACUUAGACAUUUGAUUAAAUAACUACAAGAAAUUUGCAGACAUAAUUCCCAAACUCAGCUUUGUGAAUAGACAAGACCUUCUCUAUGUCAUCGGGAAGACAGAUUUCUUGUUUAGAUCUACCCUUAAUUUUUCUGGAUUUGGGGGAUUAAAAUCUCAAUCUUUGACUAAAUAAGAUUGGCCUUACAUCUGAAAAUCAGGAAAUAACUUCUAAAUUUACAGAAGAAUCUCCCUCAAUCUCAGAUCUUCUUCAUGCCAAGAGAAAACGCCACUCAAAAGAUUUUAAAAAGAACUGCUUUGGAGUGAUUCCAUUUUCACUAAUCAGUCAAUUAGAAUUUGGAAACCUAUAUGAAGAUAGACUCAGAGCUCUAACCAAAGUCUCCCGUAAAUAUGUAGUUGACAAUGACAACUUUGAAUUACUAUCAAAGCAUCUUAACGAAUUCGUAUCAUAUCUCUUUGACAUAUCUCAUGAAGAGGCCAAAAACGAAGUAGAAUCACUAUCUUAUGAAUCCAUAGUAAUUUUUAACAAGAUUCUGAAUAAAGAUGCAAAAUAUUUAGAAGCACUUGAUUUCAAACUCUGAUUCUCGAACCUACUAAGCCAUUCAAAAACACUUGAUAAACCAUUACUAAAUGAAGUCAUUAGUGCCUUCAAGACUUUGAAACGAAUCUUAGGCCACGAAGAGUAUGAUAAAUAUUCCAAAGGGUCUCUCGACACCCUUAAUAAUUCUCGUAUUGUCAGUGUUCUUGAUGUUUAUGGGGUGAUUCUAGAGGAUAUGAAGAAAAGUCCUAAGAAAUAUGACUACGAAUCUACCAUUAAGGCUCUCAGCAAGAUCUCCAAAUAACCUUAAAAAUGGGCAAAUGAGUUCACAAGCGAUAGAUAAAAUAUUUAAGCUGAUUAAUACAGAUGACAAAAAGUCUAAAACCCAAGCUUACAAACUCCUAGAGGAUCUAUGUACUGAGGCAGAUGGUUCUCAUAAAAUCGAAAAGAGCCGUCCAUUUAAGAAGAAAAGUAACAAAUCAAUGCAUUCUUCAUCCUCAAAAAAGGAUGAACCUCUAAGCCUUAAGGGAGGUUCUUCUAAAACCCAGAUAAAAAUAACAUCAAUUACUACAAAUCCUAAUCUGAAAAAGACCAAGAAGCCUAGCAUGUAUUCUUCAAACAUAAUUCUAAGUGACCAAAACCAUUCUAAAGACCUAAUGUUAGGUCGAAAAGAAAUGAUGAAUAUUCACAGCUCAAUGGGUAAUCUUCACACAAUAGAGGAGAAUAUGCCAGUGACCAAAUAGAUCGACCCCCUCAAAAUUGAAGAGACACCAUGGCAGGCCAAAUAAGGAUGUCAAGUCAAACAUAAAAGAAAUAAAUGGCAAACGCCAGAAUAUAAAACAGAUAAUUCUCACCAGCAGAAGUUCAAAAACAUUAGGUAAAUUCUAUCAAAAACCGUAUAGAAACUGAAAAAGUGGCCUCUAAACCUGCCAAAAAAAGUGCAACUAGAGUGCUUGAGACCACUACUAGAAACCUUGAACACAGACUGCCUUCUCUGAACUAAGUUGAAAAGAGAAGUUAGUAUAAAUUUGAUGCACUCAGUUUUAGAUUUGUAUUAA